CGUCCUUGGAGAAUAGCAAAUAUAACCAGCAGGAUAUCGAUCUCUAUCUAUCUAUCUAUGGGAGUAGGUUGUCCAGAUUUUAAUUAUCUGACAGAAAUUAAAGAGGUCAUGCAGAUUUAAUAGGCAUUAAUUUGACUCGUUUCAAACUUUCACACCUCGAAAAGAUUCUCUAGGGAACUACUAUCUUCUUAUAUACUGUGUUCUUCAUCAUUUUCUAGUAAUCUCUGUGAUUCCGAGUACACCGAAUUACAUGCAAAGCUAGUUGUAAUGGCGUUGAGUGAGGUUGAGGCUGAAUUUCAACAUGACUUAUCUGAAUCUGGUUUGAACAAUCCGGCGAAGUACGGGGAAGCUGGAGAAGAACUACAGGUGGAUGAUGAUGGCAAACUCAAAAGGACUGGAACGGUAUGGACUGCCUGUGCCCAUAUAAUCACAGCAUCAAUAGGAGCUGGAGUGCUAUCUCUAGCCUGGGCAAUGGCCCAACUCGGAUGGCUUGCCGGCAUUUUCAUUCUCUUGUUCUGCACCUUCGCUGCUGGCUACGCUUCCACUCUCUUAGCAGAUUGUUACAGAUUUCCGGACCCAGUGUCAGGCAAGAGAAACUACUCCUAUAUGGAGGCUGUCAAAGUCUAUUUAGGUGGAACAAUGCACAAGAUUUGUGGAUGGAUGUUAUAUUUGAACCUUGCUACCAUUGGAGUUGGCUUCACUAUAACCACCGCAAAAAGCUUGGUGGCUAUACAGAAGUCGAGUUGUCAUCGCAAAAAUGGUGAAGAUUCUCCAUGCAUGUUUUCCAACAUUCCACAUAUGGUUGGAUUUGGGCUUGUUGAAAUUCUCUUAUCACAACUCCAAAACUUUCACAAGUUGACUUGGCUCUCUAAGCUUGCAGCCAUGAUGUCUUUUGUCUAUGCAACUAUUGGAAUUGGACUUUCUCUAGCUAAGAUCAUAUCAGGGGAUGGGGGAACAACAUAUCUUGCAGGGGCGGACGAGUCGUCAUCGGAAAAAAUUUGGAUGAUGUUUAUAGCAGCCGGAGAUAUUGCAUUUGCUUGCUCGUAUUCUCUUAUCCUGUUUGAUAUCCAAGACACACUGAAGUCAUCGCCACCAGAGAACAAAGUGAUGAAGAGGGCUGUCGUUAUAGGGGGUUUGACUAUGGCAUUACUCUUCAUGAUGUGUGGUAGCUUGGGUUAUGCCGCGUUUGGCAACAUCACACCCGAAAACCUGCUUGCUGGUUUUGGAGAUGAGAUGCCCUGGGCAUUCUGGCUCCUGGAUUUGGCUAAUUUUUGCAUUGUGGUGCACAUAGUUGGUGCAUUUCAGGUACUGUGCCAACCAGUGUUUCGCAUUGUCGAACUGUUGGCUAGAAGAAGGUGGCCAAAAUCCAAUUUCAUUACCAAAGAGAACCUGGUCAUACUAGGGAAGAUGAAGUUCAAUAUAAACAUGUUUAGGCUGACAUGGAGAACAUCCUUUGUGGUGUUGGUGACUGUCAUUGCCAUGGCAAUGCCAUUCUUCACAGAUAUGCUAGCGCUUCUCGGAGCUAUCGGGUACUGGCCUCUUAUAGUUUAUGUCCCAAUAGAGAUGCACAUUGUGCAAAACAAGAUUCAGAAACAAACCCUUCGCUGGUUCGGGCUCCAACUCCUGAGCUUUUUGUGCUUGCUUCUUUCCUUGGCCGCGGCAUCUGGUUCCAUUUAUGGUCUGCAUAAGGGUCUCGGUGCGUACAAGCUCUUCCAAGUUAAAGAGUGAUCGCAAAAUUAGUAUAUGUUUAGACGAAUAUUAUGUUCUCUUGCCAAAUAAUCUUACAACAUAUAUAUGAUGCUUAUGUUGUUGGAGUCUAAAUCUGGACAAUUCAUUAAUCUGGUUCAGAUUCAUGACAAGAGAAUUAACCUAUCCCUAUGAUAUAUUAGUGUAGGGGAAAUAUCAAUUAUCGUCAAGUUUAAUUUUGAACUUAUUCGGUACAAGAAUAUUAGAGCUAUUGUGUA